CCAUUCCUUCUCCAGGAAAAGCUGGACUUGGGGCCAAAGAAGGAGGUGGAUGGCAUGGGUGUUCCUGAUAUCAAGUAUGGGGACUCAGUGUGUUAUAUCCAACAUGUGGACACCUGUCUGUGGCUCACCUACCAGGCCAUGGACGCUAAGUGUGCACGCAUGGGUGGCGUGCAGAGAAAGGCCAUCAUGCACCACGAGGGUCACAUGGACGAUGGGUUGACCCUGUCCCGCUCACAACACGAGGAGUCCCGUACCGCACGGGUCAUACGCAGUACCGUCUUCCUGUUCAACCGAUUCAUCAGGGGUCUGGACACCCUCAGUAAAAAAGGAAAGACCUCGACACUCGACCUGCCGAUCGAGUCGGUCAGUUUGAGUCUGCAGGAUCUGAUUGGCUACUUCCAGCCCCCUGACGAGCACCUGGAGCACGAGGACAAACAGAACCGCCUCCGAGCCCUAAAGAACCGACAGAACCUCUUCCAGGAAGAGGUAGAGAACAAAGAGCAUGCUGGGGGUUAUAUUUCACAUCAUCAGGGACAGAGGGAAGAACAUCACAAAACAGCCAUUUACUUACUUGGGCCUCAUUGUGCCAAGUGGUGCGUAAAGCCUUGAUUACGUCCCUCCAUCUCUUCCUGUCCGGGGAUAUUUUAGUGUUUCACUCUAAAGAGCAGUCAUGACACUGCAGAACACAUCCCUGUUUCUCUGUCUCUCCUGUUAGAGAGCAGUCAUGACACUGCAGAUCACAUCCCUGUUUCUCUGUCUCUCCUGUUAGAGAGCAGCCAUGACACUGCAGAACACAUCCCUGUUUCUCUGUCUCUCCUGUUAGAGAGCAGUCAUGACACUGCAGAUCACAUCCCUGUUUCUCUGUCUCUCCUGUUAGAGAGCAGUCAUGACCCUGCAGAUCACAUCCCUGUUUCUCUGUCUCUCCUGUUAGAGAGCAGUCAUGACACUGCAGAUC